UCUAGCAUCUCGAGCAUAGGUUAUUGCAAUAGCUUUCUGAAUCCAGUCAUUUAUGCAAAGUUUAAUCGUGAGUUCCGAACUCCAUUUAGACAAAUACUGCUUUGUCAUUGCCGCAGCAUAAAUGCACGUUUACGCUCCGAAACCUAUGCUGCCCAGUUUGGACUUCCUAGUUCUGCCGGCUGCCGAAGACGUCGAACAGAAACUUCUCUUGGCAAGCUACGUACAUCAGAAAUCAUUUAUGAAAAAUCUGAGAGUAAAGCAAUAACACAAUACAAGGUGACUGGAAAUUUUUAUCCAGAGUUCAGAAUUAAAUGCAUCAUGUCCGAUCUUCUGUAUCGUAAAAUAUUGCAAAAUAAAACCGUCAACCCUAGUGACAAUAAAUGA